AAAUCCUUGUUCUCUGCUGUCUCAAUUUACUUCAUCGGCCAUCGAGCCUCCUUCCGCUGUUCUCUGUACACAGCCCCCGAGUACAGGCUUCAUCCUGUCUCGUUCGAGCGCUCUCAGCCAUCGUCUCAUUCGUCUACCAUCGCCGCAAAAUCUUCUUUCCAGCCCGUCUAUCGUAUCACUUUCGAAUCGUUCUUCGGUCAUGAAACGGAGACUUCCUACUUCUCAUUGGUGUCUACGGUUUCCAUCAGGACCUGAUUAGGAUCCAGCUAUAGUCGAAAUCACUGUCUGUUAUAUGUCCAGUCAAGUUGGCUUCUUUGUGGAUUGCGACAAGUCACUUAUGUGUUCAGAAAGUGGCGUUCCCAGUCCACUUUUCUCCACUCCUGUUUUCUUUACAUAUAUCCACGCCUGGUGCCAGGAUGUCGUUGUCUUCCCUUCACGCGUUUUCCUCACAUAUCGACGCCGCAGGGCUGGACACAGCCAUCGAUGCCAGCUUUCUUUGGCCGACGAGCGAGGAUGAUGAUGAUGCAACAACGCUAUCAGAGUCUGGACGUUAUUAUCUGCCUGCAACAGUCACCACCCAAUGAUUCGGCAGCCUAAACAAUGGUUGACCUUGAACAAGUCACUACGGCUCGCCCAACUCCUCUAGCAGUACUGAGUCAGUGGGAUAGCAGAUCAAGUUGCGAGGUCCCAAUAUACAGCAAGAAGGAACAAACACGGGAAUAAGUACACCCGGGCUGUUUCAAGGCCUGUCCAGUGCCACACAGCAUCAGCCUUGUAUAUCUUGUACGAUCCAUAAGAGACAAGAUCCAAGCGACCCCUCAGGCUUUCUCCGGCAGCUAUUAGAUCGAGUGGCAUCUCACUUUCUAGCUUGAGUAGUCGCGCCAUGAGUAAGUCUCUAUUUUAUCUAGACAUAUAUAUAUCUAUAUAUAUACACACUUCCGCUACUUCAGCCCCA